GAGGCAAAUAAACCUGGAACACAUUGGGACAGGGAAGUCAAGCUGCCAUUUUUCAGUUUUUCAAGUGUUUCUGCUGCAACAAAUAAUUUUUCAGCCACAAAUAAACUUGGGGAGGUUGGUUUUGGACCUGUUUAUAAGGGAAUAUUACUGAAUGGAAAUGAAAUAGCUGUUAAAAGGCUUUCGAGAAGAUCUGGACAAGGAUGGGAAGAGUUAAAAAAUGAAGCACUGCUCAUAGCCAAGCUCCAACACAAGAAUCUUGUCAGACUUUUGGGAUGUUGCACUGAACUAGAAAAGAUACUAAUUUAUGAGUAUAUAACUAAAAAAAAUUUGGGUUUCUUCAUAUUUGAUUCAACUAAACGUCGGUCAUUAGAUUGGGGAAUACGCGUUCGGAUUGUUGAAGGGAUUGCUAAAGGGCUUCUUUAUCUUCAAUUUUCUAGAUUUAGAUUUAUUCAUAGAGAUUUAAAGGCAAGUAAUAUAUUGUUAGAUGGCAACAUGAAUCCUAAAAUAUCAGAUUUUGGACAGGCGAGAAUUUUUGGAGGGGACGAAUUACAAGCAAACAGAAAGCGAAUCGUUGGAACAUAUGGUUAUAUGCCCCCGGAAUAUGCUCUGAAAGGCUUCUAUUCAGAAAAAUCAGAUGUCUAUAGCUUCAGAGUUUCGUUAUUAGAAAUUGUGAGUGGCAGGAAAAAUACUAGUUUCCAUCAGUCUGAGUCUCUCCAUCUUCUUGGAUAUGCAUGGGAUUUGUGGGUGAGCAACAGGGUAUUGAACUUGGUUGAUCCAUUGCUGGGGGAAGUACCUACACAUAUGGCAAUGAGAUAUGUUAACAUUGGGCUGCUUUGUGUUCAAGAAAAUGCAGAUGAUAGACAAACCAUGUCUGGUGUUGUUUCAAUGCUCAACAGUGAAAGUAUGAUCCUACUGUCACCCAAACAACCUGCUUUCUGAAACGUAACAGGCACGGCGAACACACAUCUAGAAGAGAGCAGGCCAGAAAUUUGCUCUGUAAUUGAUGAAACAUGUUCGGUAUUGGAAGCUCGUUAAUGUGCUUUCUUUGUGGUUUACUUUGGAGAAUUAUACACCAAGAUCCCGUUCAAUGGGAAGUUGUACAUUUCGAAUAUUGGUAAAUUUAGAAAAGGCCACGCAUAUGAUGGAGAUGACAGAAAUAAUAGAUACUUUGAUGGCAUCAUUACAGUGGUGCUGAUGAAAACUAUAUGCAGCAACUGAGAAAAUGAAUUUGAGUUAUGGCACAAAUCAAAACAUCUAAUUCAUAUUUUUAUUGCAAUCCUAUCAACUGAUUGGUUUUAGAGUCUGUGCAGGUGACCUGCUAAACUUUUCUGUUUCAUUUGAUGAAAAAACGAAAUCAAUUUAGCCUGGUCAGAACAAAGCCAAUUGGACCCAUAUCUAAUUGGUGGUUUCAGAUUUGCAUUUCAAACGUGUAAAAUAUUAAAAUUAUUGCAUUAUUUUUUCGUAUCCACA